CCCCUCCGUGCAGCAGCAUAUAUCUGUACUAGAAAGAACAGGGGAAUUGAUCCUGUCUAGCUAUAGAUAUGGCCUACUCAAACUUCCUUCUCACUGUUCUUCUCGCCUUGAUCACUUCUCAGGCCAUGGCUUCAGAUCCCAGCCCUCUCCAGGACUUCUGCGUCGCCGACAAAGACUCGCCAGUGCGUGUCAAUGGGUUUCCCUGCAAGGACAUAAAUGGCGUUAAGGUCGAUGACUUCUUCCUCGCUGCCAACCUCGACAAACCGAUGGACACGACCAAGAGCAAGGUCGGGUCCAAUGUCACCUUGAUCAAUGUGAUGAAGCUCGCCGGUCUCAACACCCUUGGCAUCUCUAUGGCUCGGAUCGACUACGCUCCUCAAGGACAGAACCCACCACACACUCAUCCUCGUGCCACCGAGAUCCUAACAGUUCUUGAGGGCUCGCUCUACGUUGGCUUUGUCACGUCUAACCCAGAUAACAAGUUCUUUAGUAAGAUGCUCAACAAAGGUGACGUUUUCGUGUUCCCGAAGGGCUUAAUCCACUUUCAAUCCAAUCCAAGUUAUGACAAGCCAACGGUUGCCAUUGCUGCACUCAGCAGCCAGAACCCUGGCGCGAUCACCAUUGCCAAUGCAGUAUUUGGUUCAAAGCCAUCGAUCACAGAUGAUGUUCUUGCCAAGGCGUUUCAGGUGGACAAGAAGGCUGUGGAUUGGCUCCAAGCUCAGUUUUGGGAGAACAACCACAACUAAGUUAUGGACGGUUGUCAAGGUUUAGGCUUAACUAUGUAACAGGUAAUAAGAUGGGCUCGAUUCCUCUAUGUGAUGAGGCAAACUAGCAUAUAAUACGGGUUUGCUUGUAGAUUGUGUAAAGCAUUUAUAUGACACCAUUUGUAAGCUUUAAACCAUAUAUGGACUGUAGUUGUUAAUUUAAUUAAGAUACAAUGGAUUUGAACA